AUGUGCCGUAACGAGCAAGCUGGGAUAGAGGCUUCUGAGGUUGACAAUGCUUGGGAGAGUUUACAAGUAUAUGGAGGGAAGGAGGCGAACUCCCGACGCAGUUAUUUCUGGUUGAUCUUUCACUCUGCGGACUUUUGCUAUCAAGGAAUGAUCAUCACCUCAAGGAGGAUUUCUAUAUCGGAGAAAGAUAUUGCCAGUAACCCGGAGAUCCAUGAGCUUCAUUCGUUGGAGUGGGAGUCAAGGAUCGACUUCAUGUAUUUCCUAAUUAUGGUCUAA